AUUACUGUUACAACACUGUCUUCUAUUUGUUUAUUGGAUCUCAAUUCCAUGUGGCUGUAGUGUGGAUCUCAAAUGUGUCAGAAUCAGCACGGCUGGACCAUAUGACAUUGACGCAGCCACCACAUAUGUACACAGGAUUCUGGGACAUGCGCAUUUUGGUUUAGUUUGACCAAAAAUUUUCCUUUCAUCGCAUCGGCUCUAGCUGAGGGAUUUCGUUACAUAAAAUUCCUAUAUAAUUUUUGUAUUAUAUUUCAUCUGGAAUUGCAAGUGCUGCCCACCGCCCGGAUCGUAAAGUGAGAAACAUGUGCAAAUUCUACAACAAGCUCGCAUGAUACACGCGCUUCAUUCAUAUAGCGCCUUUUAUGCGCUGCAUUUUGGUCGAGAUUUGGUGAAAUUGCUCAAUCAAAAUUAAUCUAGUUUUUGAGUUCAUUUUAGAUUGUUGUUGUUCUUAAGUAGUGUAAGUUUAAGUUCUUAUUUGAAACUCAAUGUGCAAGAAAAUUCAGAAUCCAGCAUUGCAACAGCAUACAACAUUAGCGCGCCUGAUAUUGCGACUAUAGGGAAAAUCGAUAUUCUUCAACACAUAAAGCGUCGAACGUCUUGACACCACCGCGCCUGCCGCCGCCAUCUUCUCCACCCACCACCAUAAUCACAGCCUCAGCCACAAACACAGCCAUCAACAGCGUCCGUCGCCAUUUCAUCGCACGCGCCCACAAGUGCGCUUCGCCCCAUUUGUAUUUAGCUCCAGUUUACUGCCACCGCCGAAAAAAUGUCAUUCAUAACGAAAUUGAAAGCAACGCCAUUGCCACCUUUAAAGAAUAUAUUGAAUGUAGCCGUUCAAACAGCACGACAGCACAUUCCAGAGCGCAAGGACUACGAGCAACCACCGGGCGGUCACGGCGGUAGCAGCAAUCCACAGCAGAAUUUCGCUCAAGGACAGGCGAUGUUUCAGCCCGGAAGUGAGCUUGAUGAUGGCAAUGUUGCUGAGCGUCCAACAGAGCUAAAUCCCUUUCGAAAUCCAAGCAAUUGGUCCAACGAGGAGGACGGAAAUUACAAAACAGAGUACCAGAGCACUUCGUUUACGGGAAAAGAGUACGAUGGCAGAUAUCAGCAAACAGAUGGUUUCAGGCAGGGCAGCGUUGCCUCUGAAGGCAGCUCAUUUGUUUGCGAAGGAGAAGGUGGUGGCGGCUGUAAAAUCGAUGAAAUGCAAGCCGCUUGGAAUGUUACGAAUGCCAUUCAGGGCAUGUUCAUCGUUUCGCUGCCAUUUGCAGUCCUUCAUGGUGGAUACUGGGCUAUUGUCGCAAUGGUUGGUAUAGCGCACAUUUGUUGCUAUACAGGUAAAGUUUUGGUGCAAUGCCUUUAUGAGCCGGAUCCAAGCACGGGUCAAAUGGUCCGGGUCCGAGAUAGCUAUGUGGCCAUUGCAAAGGUCUGCUUCGGCCCCAAGUUGGGCGUUCGUGCUGUCAGCGUUGCCCAGCUCAUCGAGCUGCUGAUGACAUGCAUACUGUAUGUCGUCGUCUGUGGCGAUCUGUUGGCAGGCACAUAUCCGCAGGGUUCGUUCGAUUCAAGAUCUUGGAUGCUGUUCGUUGGCAUAUUUCUGUUGCCCAUGGGUUUCCUUAAGUCACUGAAAAUGGUCUCAACAUUAUCUUUUUGGUGCACAAUGUCGCACAUAGUAAUAAAUGCUGUUAUUUUAGGCUACUGCCUGCUGCAAAUCGGAGAUUGGGGCUGGUCCAAGGUACGCUGGAGCAUUGAUAUGGAAAACUUUCCCAUUUCAUUGGGUGUUAUUGUAUUUUCGUACACUUCGCAAAUAUUUUUGCCUACGUUAGAAGGCAAUAUGAUAGAUCGUUCCAAGUUCAACUGGAUGUUGGAUUGGUCACAUAUUGCUGCAGCGGUAUUCAAAGCCGGCUUUGGCUAUAUUUGUUUUUUAACAUUUCAAAACGAUACUCAACAGGUUAUUACCAACAAUUUGCACUCACAAGGCUUCAAAGGAUUGGUAAAUUUUUUUUUGGUCAUCAAAGCUGUGCUUAGUUAUCCAUUGCCAUACUAUGCUGCCUGCGAACUCCUGGAACGCAAUUUUUUCCGAGGCCCACCUAAAACUCGUUUUCCAACUAUAUGGAAUCUGGAUGGUGAACUAAAGGUUUGGGGCUUAGGCUUCCGAGUGGGCGUUAUUGUGUCCACCAUACUAAUGGCCAUUUUCAUACCGCAUUUUUCCAUACUAAUGGGCUUUAUUGGCAGCUUCACGGGUACCAUGUUAAGCUUUAUUUGGCCCUGCUAUUUUCACAUAAAAAUCAAAGGUCAUCUACUCGAUCAGAAAGAAAUAGCUAAAGACUACCUCAUUAUAGGACUCGGUGUGCUCUUCGGGGUAAUAGGCAUCUACGAUUCAGGCAACGCCUUAAUUAAUGCUUUCGAAAUUGGUCUACCGUUUUAGACGAUGACAGAGCAAGAAAAAAAUAUAUACAUAUAUAAAUUAUAUCGAAAUCAAAAACAUUUAUAAACGCAAUUACCAACAUAUACAGCUCUGUAUUGCAGCUUAGCACUGUGCCUUUGGCAAUUCAGCAUGUCAAGUCUUCCAACAACUACAGAAUAUAUGUAUUUGUAAAUAUUUAUGUUUGAAAUGACAAAAACACAGUGCUACGAAGCUCAAUUAAAGCAGUCAGAAACAAUAACUUAGAAUUUAAGAAAUGAAACGCAAGUCUUCCAAAUGCGAAACGAAAAAAUGUCUUCCAAACAUAACGAAAGAAAUAAACUAUAAUAACUAAAUAUAAAUUGUUAAGUAAGACAAUACAAGUACAUACAAGUAUAUACAAAUAUAACAGAGAACUAUUUAUUGUAUUAUGAAAUAUUGAUAUUUAGA